AUGGAAUCGAGACCAACUGGUAAUCUUAGUAUAGGUAUGCUGAAGCCUCCUAUCCAUUAUGAGCUCUUGUUUAUCGAUUCUUCAGAUGGCAUUCAUGUCGACAUGGAGCACUUGAAGAAAGGCGAGGUCAAGUAAGUUCAUCACCUAAAUUCCGAUAGGGAUGGGACUAAAAAAACUAACAUAUCUCAGCUUGGGGACUUCCAUGUAAGAUGAUCCUUUAGAGGUUAUACCAACACCCCGCUUCGACUGAUGGUUUGCAAACAGUAUGGCAGCUCUCUUCGAUGGUGGUGUUAUCCUCGGUUCGUCUUCAUUUCCCCUAACGAUUUAUCGGAGUACUCUCGGGAUAUUCCUAAGACUAAUCAUAUCUUAGGCGCCGACUCCCGAACAACCACUGGUGCUUAUAUUGCCAAUCGAGUGACGGAUAAGCUAACUCAAGUUCAUGAUACUAUAUGGUGUUGUCGGUGAGCUCCGAUUCUCCUACCUUCUAGUGCCUUACUAAUUCUAAAAACUUAAAUCCCAGAUCUGGCUCUGCUGCUGAUACCCAGGCCAUUGCCGAUAUCGUCCACUACUACCUACAGUUGUAUAAGUCUGUCUUUCCUUCUUGCCUAACCACGCACCUUUACCCAACCUAACCCCACAUCCCUAGUGUUCAAAACCACGAACCCCCAACCACCCAAGUUGCAGCCUCAAUCUUCCAAGAACUCUGUUACUCAAACAAAGACCAACUCUCGGCCGGUAUGAUCAUCGCUGGCUAUGAUGCCCGCCGUAAAGGCGAAGUAUACUCGAUUCCCCUCGGAGGCUCGCUUCACAAGCAGCGUUAUGCAAUUGGUGGUUCCGGGUCGACCUACAUUUACGGUUACUGCGACGCGAACUGGAAGGAAGACAUGACAGAAGGAGAGUGCAUUGAGUUCGUGAAGGGCGCUCUGGGCCAGGCUGUCAAGUGGGACGGAAGCUCUGGUGGUGUUAUCCGCAUGGUGGUGCUGACGGAGAGGGGCGCCGAGAGGAAGAUUUUCUUCCCGGAUGAGAAUUACAAGGGGAGCGGACAAUGA